AUGUCCAUGGACAGUAAACCAACAACAGCUCUGCCGACAGGUGCCUCCCACCGGCGCUCCAGCAGCGGCAUCUCCGAAGAUGCAGCACAGUCGGCCCACGAUUUCAUGAGCGGCACGAUUCGCCGGUCAUCCAGCGGUGUCACUGACGAUGCGGCAAGAGCUGCGCGGGAGCUAACUCGACCUUCUCUGGGUCCGCAGUUCAUGAGAUCAUCCAAGGAUUCCGGCCCGGGCCUGAACGAUGACCUGGCGGACAAGAUGCACAAGUUCAUGCAAGGACCCGCCACGCACAGGGAAAGCCAUAGCAAGCAUCUGCCGGACGUGACGGUGAGUGGUUUUGCUCGUUGUUUUUCGGUACUGGGCCCUGACGUGUGGGUGCUUGGUCAUCUCAUGCUCAUGCUCAUGCUCAUGCUCAUGCUCAUGCUCAUGCUCAUGCUCAUGCUCAUGCUCAUGCUCAUGCUCAUGCUCAUGCUCAUGCUCAUGCUCCGGCUCGAGCUUGAGUUCUUCGUGUCAUGA